CAUGACCAAGGAUUUCUCUCAGCCUGACAUGGCUCUUGACAAGUCUUCAGAAACCAGUUUUUGUCGGUUUUUUGAAAGUCUUGUUCAAACUCAAGGCACUCUGCGAUUGUUUGAACGAAACGGUGGAGAUUACUACAGCGUGCAUGGCAUAGAUGCAGUGUUUGUGUCCGAACAUGUGUAUCGGACAGCUACUGUGCUGAAGCAACUGGGUUCUGGAUUGCAAAGUUGCACUCUUUCCAAACUCAACGCAAUGUCGUUUUUAAAAGAAUUGCUCACGGAAAAACAGUAUCGCAUCGAGAUUUGGUGUCCAGACUCUGGAAAAAACAAUAGUUGGAAGAUUUCUAAACAGGCAUCGCCAGGAAAUCUUCAGAGUGUCGAGGAUAUGCUUUUUGUAAACACUGACGUUGGAUCUGCACCUGUUGUGCUUGCUGUAACUGUCACUGUCAAAGGAUCUGACAAGAUUGUUGGUGUUGGAUACACGGAUGCUACCACGAUGCGUAGAUUGGGAAUAUGUGAAUUCGUUGAUAACGAAACAUUUACCAAUUUUGAAUCGAUUAUGAUUCAGCUUGGAGUCAAGGAAGUCGUUAUGCCAGACGACUCUCAAAACUAUGAUCUCAAAAAAAUCAAGGCUAUUGUGCUUCGAUGUGAUGCCAUCAUCACUGAACGACGAAAAAGCGAGUUUAAUAUACAAAACAUUCAACAAGAUCUUUCCAGACUGCUGGAAAGCGAUAUCUUUGUAUCGGCUCUGCCUGAAAUGGAACUGACAACAGCCAUGCGUUGUAUUGCUGCGCUGAUCCAUUAUCUUGAUCUCUUGGCAGAUGAAAGCAACUUUGGAAAAUAUACUAUUGAGCAGCAUGAUCUAUCACAGUAUAUGCGAUUGGACGCGGCUGCUGUCAAAGCUCUCAACCUUGUGCCAAAUGGUCAAUCUGGACCCAAAUCAGCGAGUAUAUUUGGAUUGCUAGACCAAUGCAAAACUGCCCAGGGAUCGCGAUUACUUGGACAAUGGAUCAAACAGCCACUCAUGAACAUUUCUGAUAUUGUGAAUCGACAAAACUUGGUACAAGUUUUUUUUGACGACUCGCAGCUUCGUCAGGCGCUUCAGGACGAGCGACUCAAAACAUUUCCAGAUCUUCACCGACUUGCACGCAAAUUUCAGCGCGGAAGUGCAUCACUCCAAGACGUUGUUCGAGUCUAUCAAGUGGUUCUAGGUCUUCCUGCAAUGGUUGAAACGCUUGAAGAUUACAGUGGAAAAUACAUGGAUUUAUUUUCUGAAACAUUUACACUAAAAUUCAAGGAAUAUAGCGAGAGCCUUUGUAAACUACAGGAGCUUGUGGAAACAACGAUUGAUCUGGCUGCAGUUGAAAACCAUCAAUAUCUCAUUAAACCCGAUUUUCAUCGGGAGUUGCUUGAAACUCGAAGCAGCAUGGACAACGUACUGAAUACAAUUCAGUCUGAAGCAGAACAAGUGGCUAUUGACUUGGGCAUCGAGUUUGAAAAACGAUUGAAAUUUGAAAAAAAUAGUCAAUAUGGGUACCAUCUUCGACUAUCGCGAGUUGAUGCAAACCGAAUUCGUGGCAAUCGUGACUAUAUUGAGUUGUCGACUCAAAAAGCAGGCGUACUGUUUACCACUGUAAAUUUACGGACGCUUAGCAACAAUUUUGCAGAGUUGACCAAAGCAUAUGAACUUUUACAGCAAAACCUAUCCAAAGAUGUGAUUUCUAUUACCGGUUCGUAUUUUCCAGUGCUGGAACUGCUUAAUCAACUUGUUGCACAUAUCGAUGUGUUAGUAAGUUUUGCAGAUGUUGCCAUUUCUGCACCUAUGCAAUACGUUCGUCCCAACAUACUACUUUCAGGACAAGGUGAUAUCAUUCUUAAAAAGGCCAGGCAUCCGUGUGUAGAAGUUCAAGACGAUGUUUCUUUUAUUGAGAAUGAUGUUGACUUGGUUCGAAAUGACAGUGUUUUUCAAAUUAUCACUGGACCCAACAUGGGAGGAAAAUCAACCUAUAUUCGUCAGAUUGGUGUUAUUGUUCUUAUGGCUCAAAUUGGAUCGUUUGUACCAUGUGAAGAGGCAUCCGUAUCGAUUGUAGAUUCCAUUCUAGCACGUGUGGGAGCCAAUGAUAGUCAACUAAAAGGCAUAUCCACAUUUAUGGCUGAAAUGCUUGAGACUGCUUCAAUUUUGCGUGCUGCCACAUCAAAUUCGUUGAUUAUUAUUGAUGAACUGGGUCGAGGCACCAGCACAUACGAUGGAUUUGGACUUGCAUGGGCGAUUGCAGAGCAUAUUGCAAAACAUAUUGGCUGCUUCACGCUGUUUGCGACACAUUUUCACGAACUUUCGAAUCUUGCUGACCAAGUACCUUUUGUUAAAAACUUGCAUGUGUCUGCAUUGUUAUCAACCCUCUCGUCUGGACCCAAAUCGUUGACGCUGCUUUAUAAAGUGAUGCCUGGCGUAUGCGAUCAAAGUUUUGGUAUUCAUGUAGCAGAACUUGCUGCAUUUCCUGAUUCAGUUGUCAAGAUUGCCAAACGAAAAGCUGCCGAACUGGAGGAUUUCAGUCAUCAUGACGAACAGCCCAAACGUGUAUGGAACAGUUCGGACGAAGCAAUCCAAUCGGGUAGCGAACUUGCACAACAGUUUUUAUCUGAAGCAUCUAUACUCGCAAAAAAGCACGGAUCUAAUAUGGACAUGAUACAUACGGCAAUGCAAACUCUUGGUGCAAAGUUUGCAUCUGCCAUUGCUGACAACGAAUUUCUCAAGGAAGCAAUUGAAAGUUUGUAAACAUCUCGUGUAAUGGAAUGAAUUCAAAUACAUGGUUUUAAGCCAUUGAACGAAUAGGCAGAUACAACACGGGAAGAAUUCAAAUAAACUACCAACUCUAUUUCAUUCUCU